UUGUUUCUUCUUUACUUGUCGAUAUAUCGAGAAUAUCGAGAAGAGGAUCGAAGGUCGAAGCUCGAUGAUAAUGCGUGAUCCCUUGGAAGGAUUCGCUUUGAACACGUAUGCUUCAGAAUAUUGAUAGAUAGAUGGAUAGAUAGAUAGAUUGAUUGAUUGAUUGAUAGAUAGAGAAGUAGAGACAAAGAGAGAGAGAGAGAGAGAGAGAGAGAGAGAGAGAGAUCGAAAUUAUAUAUGGUUUCUAAAGUCCUUUUUCUCGAGGAUCGGUUCUUCGCUUUAUAAAGAAACCUCCCGAUUCACGGAAAAGGAAAGAACAGCUCGACGGUUCGUUUGAUAAACGAAGUUUUAAAUCGUAGGUGCUUUUACGAAGGAGAGACAACAGAGAAACUGAAAGAGACAGCUUGUUGCAUUUGUCGUAUGUCGGAGUCGAUGGACUCGUGUUUGUGUGAAACAAUCGUAUGACUAUUUUUGACUAUUAUUAUUAUUAUUAUUAUUGUUAUUAUUAUUAUUAUUAUUAAUAUUAUUAUUGAAAUCGAUUGAACGUUGAAAUCAAAAAAGUGACGAGAACGAUUGUGAUUCAGUUCUUAUGUGAUAAAUGGUGAUCGGAAAUCGGUACUUUGAGAAACAUUGACGAAGAGUUCGAGAGAAAGAAGGAUCGUCGUGAUCGACGUGGUCAAGAAGAAAAUCUUGGACUUCGUUUCAUCGAGGGGAAAAAAAAAAGAAUUUAUAUAUAUAUAUAUAUUUUCUUUUUUUUCAACUUUUCGAAGUUCCGGUUGUUUCUUUGCUAGUGUCGGAGGCUGCGAAGAGAGAGGAUCCUGUUUUUCUCUUCCACGUGAUGGCUCCUUAAGCCUAAGAUAAGGGAUCGUCAAAGGUCAAAAAGUUAGAAGGUAGAAAUUCCCAUGCGCGUUCGGAGCAACCGUGGAGGGCCACGGUCGAAAGGAGAGAAGGAGCAUGACGUAGUAAUCGGCGAGGGGGGCGCUUGGGAUGCUCCUGACUUUCGGCUAGGGUCGUAUGGAGGGGAAGGACGAGACCACCACGGAGGACACCCUACUUUUCAAUCUGACGACCAUCGACAUCAACGACAACGACGAGUUACUUCCAAGAUUUCCCGGCAAGCAUUCGCUUUACACGCCUUUUCAGGCUAUACUGAUCGCCCUGGUGCUGGUAGGCAUUAUCGUCGGCACUGUCAUUGGAAACAUCCUGGUUUGCGUCGCGGUAUUCCUCGUUAGGAAGCUACGACGACCGUGCAACUAUCUACUGGUUAGCCUUGCCGUCAGUGAUCUCUGCGUGGCGCUCCUAGUAAUGCCGAUGGCAUUGCUAUACGAGAUAUCCCACAAUUGGACAUUCGGAGCGCUUAUGUGUGAUCUUUGGGUUAGCUUCGAUGUACUCAGUUGCACCGCCAGUAUUCUCAAUCUAUGCAUGAUAUCUCUCGAUCGGUAUUGGGCGAUCACGAAGCCUCUACAAUACGGCGUUAAGAGGACACCGAAACGGAUGAUAAUCUACGUUACCCUCGUUUGGCUCGUCGCAGCUUGCGUUAGUCUGACGCCAUUGUUGAUUAUCGAAAACGCUCAUACCUAUUCGGAAACUGGACCGUCACACUGCACCGUCUGUCAGAAUUUCUUUUACCAGAUCUACGCAACCCUCGUCAGCUUCUAUAUACCUCUUAUCGUCAUGAUACAGGUAUACUACAGAAUAUUCCGUGCGGCACGGAAGAUAGUUCUCGAGGAGAGAAGGGCUCAAAGCCACUUGGAAAGCCACUGCUAUCUCGAUAUCGAACCACCUGUACAGCAUCCAACGACGCCUGGUAUAAAUCGUCAAUUUAAUUCGGACGUAACUACGGGCCAAGGUAGUCCACCAGUCAAACAACAUAGAAGUUCCAGUGCUUCCACUACGUGUAGCGGCCAUGCAGUGAGAUGUUUCGCCGGUGGUCCACGAAAAAGCAACGAGUCUCAAUGUCCGAUGUUGCAGAAAUUAGAGAAGCCAAUUCUAUCCUCGUCGACGACUACCAUGACACCAUCGAUAACGUCGACGUCCAAGCCAACUUUGAUAAGGAAUCAUUUGAACAGCACCUGUAGCGUAACCAAUUCGCCGCAUCAAAAGAAAUUAAGGUUCCAUUUAGCGAAAGAAAGAAAAGCCAGUACGACGUUGGGCAUCAUAAUGAGCGCAUUCAUCGUUUGUUGGUUGCCAUUUUUCGUUCUUGCAUUGGUCAGACCGUUUCUUCCUGAUCCACAAGCGAUUCCAACGUUUUUGUCGAGUCUAUUCCUUUGGUUGGGUUAUUGCAAUAGCCUUUUAAAUCCGAUUAUUUACGUAACGCUUAACAGGGACUUUCGGAAGCCAUUCCGCGAGAUACUCUGUUUCCGAUGCAGCAGCUUAAAUCACAUGAUGCGAGAAGAGUUCUAUCAAAGUCAAUAUGGCGAUCCAGUGAACAACUAUGAGAUCAAAGCCGGCGAAACCGAAACCGGAGAUAGAUUGGACGAUCAAGGGGUCGAAGCGAUCGACGUUGUGGCCAACACACCUAAUGAGAGCUUUCUGUGAUCCAAGUGAAUAAUUUUACCUUUAUCAGACUAAUUAUUCGUAAUGCUCUGAGCUUCUUAUGAGAUAUCUAUCUCUGCAUCUAGACUCGAGUCAUUUCAACUUUUAAUAUUUAUCUGCGAUGCGUCGAUCGAUUUCUAACCCUAUUUGAGCAUUUAUUAGCGGAUUUUCUUUUUCUUUUU